AUGGGUAGGUCAGCAAGCAGCUGUUUACGCGGCCACCUGGUGGUGCUGCGUCGGGCCGGUUACUGGCGGCUCGACGGUGGUCCUCCAAGGAGACAACGCCUGCACGCUUGUUAUUGCUGGCUGGUGUUUGCAAUAACCUUAUUCUACCUUGUACAGGAGUUUGUGUACGCGUACCAGGAGAGGGGAGAUAUGGUGAAGUUAUCCCGUGUCAUGUUUCUUCUACUCUGUCACGUCACAUCCAUCAUCAAGCAGCUUGUGUUUCAAGUUGAUGCCGAUCGCAUCGAGACGAUGAUCAAAGGCUUAGAUGAGCCCUGUUUCAAGAGCGAUUCGAGCGCUGCGCAGUGGCUGCUGCGGAGCACGGCGGCGCACGCGGCGCGGCUGAGGGGCGGCUUCGCCGGCUGCGCCGUGCUCACGUGCGCCCUCUGGGCUGUGUUCCCGGCGCAGGCGCACGCGCGCGGGCUUCACGUCGAGUUCCCACUCUGGACAGGGCUCGACACCUCGCACACCUUUGGGUUCCUAUCUUAUCUUAUUUCAAAGGGAUCCAAC